CCCAGGGGGUCCCAGCUUGGGAGUGGCCGCAGAGGCCUGGGGGCGGAGGCUCCUUAUGCCCCGGGGCACGACAGCAGAGAAGAGGAAGUGGUCGGGCAAGGUUUGGGGGCGCCCCGAGAAACAGCUGGUGAGGUGGGGGUCCAGACCACCAGCGCGGUCACUCACCAGGCCCCGCCCCGUCGCGCGGUCACGUGUCAGGCCCCGACCCUGAAGCGCGAUCACGUGCCCUGCCGCCGUAACGGCGGAAGUGGCGUCGUUGCCAGGCGGCCGUUGCUAGGCGCGCACUACGUGCUCUGCGUGGAGCGCGCGGUGGCCGAGGCGGGAAGCGCGAGCGGCGGCGCCAUGGCCGGAGUGUGGCAGCAGCCGUUCCUCAACGUCUUCAGACACUUCAAGGUGGACGAGUGGAAGCGGUCCUCUAAAGAGGGCGACGUGGCCGUCGUGACGGACAAGACCCUCAAGUGCACGGUGUACCGCGUGCGGGGCCCUGUCUCUGCUGGCAAUUACAUCCAGCUCCCCAAAACCAGCACCCAGUCCCUGGGGCUGACCGGACGCUACCUGUACGUGCUCUUUCGGCCCCUGCCCGCCAAGCAUUUCGUCAUUCACCUGGACCUGUGUACCGAGGGCAGCCAGGUCAUCCGGGUGUCAUUCUCCAACUUCUUCAAGGAGUUCAAGUCCACAGCCACAUGGCUUCAGUUCCCUUUCAUCUGUGAGACUGGGACACCCAGGAAAGGUGUGGGCUCUCCUGGUGCCCGCUGGACCUGCCUGCAGCUCGACCUGCACGACAUUCUGCUGGUCUACCUGAACCGACGGUACAGUCACCUCAAGAGCAUCAGGCUGUGUGCUAGCCUGCUGGUCAGGAACCUCUACACCAGCGACCUGUGUUUCGAUCCCGCUGUCACUGUCGCUGAAGCCCGGUGUGCAAAACUGCCCAUCACCCCCAUACCUCGAGAAAUGGCAUUCCCGGUGCCGAAAGGGGAGAGCUGGCACGACCACUAUGUCCACAUCCGGUUUCCAAGCGACAGCUCAAAAACACCCUGCGAGGCAGUUCAGAAGAGCUGUUCCCCUUCUGAGGCAGCGGGGCCUGUGCUGCAGCUUCUUCCUCACCCAGCGGCCUUCAGCAAGCCUGUUCAGGACAGCCUGGCCCUCAUGGUCCAGAAGUGUGGCCCCACAGCCUCCCGCCAGGCCCCCUCUGUGCCCAGGCCCCUUCCAGAAGUCAGUGUGUCCUGUGAGCGCUCCAAGGUCUCUAGUGUGGGUGGCCCCAGUGGCCGUAGCCAGGAGCCCUUGGCCUGGGUGGAGGCCACUGACAAGCACGUGGCCAGUGACAGCCUUCACGUGUCUGUGCAUCAGACGACUGUGGAGCCCACGGCCCCAGAGGAUGCAUCCCCACAAGAGUCUCCUGGCAGAAAGCAGAACCAACAGGAGGUGGCUUUGGGCAAGAAUCGUUUUCAACAAAGAAGCUUCCUCCCGGAUCCGGUCCUGAGGCUCAAGGGGGUCAUCGGCUUUGGGGGUCACAGCACCAAAUGGGCCCUGUGGACCCGGGAUGGGGCCGCCGUCGUGUACCCUUGCCAUGCGAUCAUCGUCGUCCUGUGCGUCAACACCCGGGAGCAGCGUCUUUUCCUUGGCCACACAGACAAGGUCUCUGCCCUGGCGCUGGACGGGAGCGGUUCCCUGCUGGCCUCAGCCCAGGCACGGCCCCACAGCAUGCUGCGUCUCUGGGACUUCCAGACCGGGGAGUGCCUGUCCCUCUUCCAAAGCCCAGUCCACACCGUCUGCUCCCUCAGCUUCUCUGACAGUGGGGAGGUGCUUUGUGGUGUCGGCAAGGACCGCCACGGGCGGAUGACUGUGGUGGUGUGGGGCACGGCCCAGGUGGGGCGAGGCGGAGAGGCCGUCAUCCUCACGAAGGUGCACAGCGACGUUGAUAUCCAGGCAUUCGAGGUGGCCUUUUUCGAUGAAACCAGGAUGGCAUCGUGCGGGCGGGGCAGCGUGCGGCUGUGGCGGCUGCGAGGUGGGGGGCUGCGCUCCUGCCCUGUGGACCUGGGGGAGCACCACGCGCUGGAGUUCACUGACCUGGCCUUCAGGCAGGCCCAGGACGGCCAUAUACUCUACGUCUGCAGCCGCAGCGGCCACAUCCUGGAGAUUGACCACCAGCGCAUGGCUGUGCGGUGCGCUCGCCGCCUCCUGCCUACACAGACCCCUGGUGGCCCCCUCCCACAGAAGCAGACCUUCAGUUCAGGCCCCGGCAUCGCCAUCAGCAGCCUCAGCAUCUCCCAGGCCAAGUGUGCCAUGGGCUCCGAGGACGGCUACCUGCGCCUCUGGCCCCUGGACUUCUCUUCUGUGCUCUUGGAGGCAGGCCUGGGCGAUCACCAACCCACCCUGCCUGCAGAGCAUGAGGGCCCCAUCAGCUCCGUCUCCGUCAGCCCUGACGGCCUGCGUGUGCUGUCCACCACCUCCUCGGGCCACCUGGGUUUCCUGGACAUCCUGUCCCGGGAGUACAGCGUGCUGGUGCGCUCCCACGCCGCCCCGGUGCUGGCCCUUGCCACUGAGAGCAGCCGGGGACAGCUGGCCACUGUGUCCCAGGACCACACUGUCCGCAUCUGGGACCUAGCGACCUUGCAGCAGCUGUACGACUUCGCGUCUCCGGAGGAGGCCCCGUGUGCUGUUGCCUUCCACCCUACCCAGCCCACCUUCUUCUGUGGCUUUAGCAGCGGGGCUGUCCGUUCCUUCAGCCUGGAGACCACCGAGGUCCUAGUGGAGCACAGGAGGUCUGGGACGGUGCAGCUCAGGGGCAAGGCAACGGCGUCUCGUGUGUGCAGGUGUCACCGCGGAGCCAUCACCGGCCUGGCCGCCAGCCCCGACGGCAGCCUCCUGUUCAGCUCCUGCUCUCGGGGCUCCCUGGCCCAGUACCAUAGCAGCGCGCCCCAGUGCCGCAUCCUUCGUGUGACAGCUAACGUGGUGUGCCAGGAGGCUUGCCCGAGCCCCAGUGCCCUGGUGGUCAGUGGGGACAGCCACCUGCUGGCCUUUGUGGGUCCCUCCAAGUACACAGUGACUGUCAUGGACACAGCCUCACUGGAUGAGCUGCUGAGGGUUGACAUCAGGACUCUGGACCUGGCUGGCAGCUGCCUGGACUCAGCUGUGGCCGUCUGCUUUGGCCCUGCACCCCCUGGCCACUUGCUGGUGUCCACGUCCUCUAACAUGGUUGCAGUGCUAGAUGCCACGUCGGGCCGCUUGGUCCGGGAGCUGUCCUGUGUCCCCCCUGCGGCCUGCUCUGUCCUAGCUCUCAGCGGGGAUGGCCGUUUUCUGCUCACAGCCGCUGACCGGGCCAUCAAGGUGUGGGACUACUCAGCACAGGCUGGCCCUGGCUGCCAGGUGUACAUCGGCCACUCAGAACCUGUGCGGGCCGUGGCUUUCACCCCCGACCAGCAGCAGCUCCUUAGUGUGGGAGAUGCCAUCUUUCUAUGGGACGUUUUGGCGCCCUCUGAGAAGUCCCCUCCAGGAAGUGUCCAAGGCUCUCCCAGGGCCUCCACAACCUGCGAAGCUGGCCUAGGUACAAGACAGCUGGAGGACAUGGUGUCCGGGGCCAAUGGGCUUCCCCGGCAGCAGGUGCCCAUGCCAUCCCAGGCGUCCCCACCCUGGCUGGACAUCUGUGCCAGGCCCCCCAAGGACCAUGAUGGCGCUUUCUCCAUGUCAGAUGAGAGCCGUGGCCCUGAGGGUCUCCGCCAGGCCUCAGGCCCACCUGUGCUGGUGCAGAAGGAGGCUGGCAGGGCCGGUGAUGGGGCCUGGGGGGCCAUGGGGGGCCCCUGGGACCUUGGCAGGCCUCCCAACCCCCGUGGUUGGCCCAGUGGCCUAAGGACAGACCUGGCUGCCCCUGGCAGACAAGGGAUGGUCACCUACAGGACAAAUGGAGAGCCCAAGGCCCCUGCUGGGCCAGGUGCCUGCAGCACUGGAAGAGCCAGGGCCCAGCCCCCCACUCGCCCGGACUCCUAUCGGCAUUUCACAGCUCGCUACAAGGUCUCCCUGCUGCCCAAGGGCCUCUCCUUCCCUGCUGUCGGCGAUGAGCGGCUGCACCUGAAGGCCGUCAUGGGUUACAACGGGAACGGGCGCGCCAACCUGGUCUGGAGGCCAGACACAGGCUUCUUCGCCUACACGUGUGGUCGCCUGGUGGUGGUGGAGGACCUGCACUCUGGUGUCCAGCAGCACUGGCUUGGCCACCCUGAGGAGAUCUCCACGCUGGCCCUCAGCCACGAUGCCCAGGUGCUGGCCUCUGCCUCAGGCCGAAGCAGCACUGCCUCCCGCUGCCAGAUCCGUGUCUGGGACGUGCCAGGGGGCUCCUGUCGGCAGCUCCUUUCUCACCACGACACUGCUGUUCAGGCCCUGGCUUUCUCACCAGACGACAGACUCCUCGUCACUCUGGGGGACUAUGGCGACCGCACCCUGGCCCUGUGGAGCAUGGCCACCUACGAGCUUGUGUCCUCCACGUGCCUCCCAGAGCCAGUAUACGGCAUGGCCUUCAACCCCUGGGACGCUGGCGAGCUCGCCUGCGUGGGCCAGGGUGCCAUCACCCUGUGGCUUCUGCAGCAGCGUGGGGGCGAUGUCAGCCUCCAGGUCCACCGAGAGCCCAUCCCUGAGGAGGUGGGGGGGUGGGAGCUGACCUCCCUCUGCUACGGGACCACACCCCUGCUCUACUGCGGCUCCAAUGCUGGCCAGGUGUGUGUUUGGGACAUGUGUGCCAGCUGCUGCUUCCUGGCCUGGGAGGCGGACGACGGUGAGAUCGGAGUGCUGCUGUGCUCGGGCGCGCGUCUGGUCAGUGGCAGCAACACCAGGCGGCUGCGCCUAUGGGCCGUGGGGGCCGUACCAGAGCUGAGGCGCAAGGGCUCCGGGGCCAGGUCUAGCUCUGUGUUUAUGGAGCGUGAGCUGACCCUUGACGGGGCCGUCGUGAGUGCAGUCUUCCACGAAAGCAUGGACAUGGGUGUGGUGGGCACCACGGCGGGCACGCUCUGGUACGUCAGCUGGGCUGAGGGCACAAGCACCCGCCUCGUCAGCGGCCACCAGAGCAAGGUGAACGAGGUGGUCUUUAGCCCCAGCGAGUCCCACUGUGCCACGUGCAGUGACGAUGGGAGCGUGAGGGUGUGGAGCGUGGCCAGCAUGGAGCUGCUGAUCCAGUUCCAGGUGCUCAGCCAGAGCUGCCUCUGCCUGUCUUGGAGCCCCCCAUCCUGCGAACACCCAGAGCAGCAGUGGGUGGCAGCGGGCUAUAGUGACGGCACGCUGCGGCUCUUCAGUAUCCCCCUCAUAGCGAUGGAGCUCAAGAUGCAUCCCCACUCGGCUGCACUGACGGCCAUCGCCUUCUCUGCUGAUGGUCAGACCAUCCUCUCCGGAGACAGGGAUGGGCUCGUGGCUGUGAGUCGCCCUUGCACGGGGAUGACCUUCCGUGUGCUGAAUGACCAUCGGGGAGCCCCGAUCUGCACCAUCCAGAGCACGAGAAGAGAGUAUGGAGACUUCGGGGCAGAGGGUGUGGACCUGUGGCUGGCUGCCAGCGGGGACCAGCAGGUCAGCGUUUGGGCCUCCAACUGGCUGCAGGACCGCUGUGAGCUCGUGGACUGGCUGAGCUUCCCAGCGCCCGCCCUCACGGAGGUUCCCAGCUGCCCGCCACCCUCCCUCGCCGCCUUCUGCCCCUGGGAUGAGGCGCUGCUGGUGUGUGCGGGCCUCAGCGUGCACCAUGAGGUCGUCUUCUACAGCCUCUGCCAGAAGCAGGUGAUGAAGAAGAUCCCACUGCCUUUCUUUGCUGUGUCCAUGAGCCUGUCCCCUGGGGCCCACCUUAUGGCCAUUGGCUUCUCUGCAGAGCGUGUGCUGAGGCUGGUGGACUGUGCGUCGGGGGCCGUGCAGGACUUUGCUGGCCAUGAUGACUCGGUGCAGCUGUGCAGGUUUGCCCCAUCUGCUCGGCUGCUCUUCACGGCGGCCCACAAUGAGAUACUGGUGUGGGAAGUCACAGGCCACUGACCCCCAGUGGGGAGUGUGGGGUCAGGUGUUGCCCUGCUGGUCAGCCGGGCACCUGGCCUGGGCAGAGGCUCAGCUGAGAAGCUGGGUUGGCCAAGGGCCUUGUGCUGGGCCAGGAUGGCUGGGUGGGCUUCACCCCUCCACACCCGGCUGCCCGGGAGUGUGUGCAAAUCAUCAAGACCUUGAACAUGUAUGAAGUGCUUAUUGCUUCUUUUCCUUUGGGCUUUUGUUUCUACCUUGUACAGUUCAAAUAAAUGUGGGUGUUGCACUGAG